AUGAAAAAAGUUUCUUUUUUGUGCUUAUGUUGCAUCACCAUCUUGGCAACAAGUUUAAGUCUUAAUGUAGUUUCAUCACAGGACAUGGCCGUGAACGCGCCAAACAAGAUUAAAGAUAUAGAGCCGUACAUCUCUAACAGAGCCAUUGGGUUCGUUUUAAAGCUGGAGGAUGAGUGUCCUAUAAGAGAAAAGCUAAGUUCAUUCUUUGAGAAACUAAAGGAUCUCUUGAAGUUGGAGUCUUCUGUUACAUCGAUGAUCGAAGACAAUGAGCCUAAAACGUUCAUCUCCCAUAUGAAGUCUAAAGCCGAUAAUCUCCUCCAAACGAUGUUGAUGAUUGGGAGAGGACUGUUGAGUUCAAGUGUAAGGAAGGAGAUGUUUAAAGUGAUAAAAUCGCUCACUGAGUUACAUGCUGCGAUCGGUAAAGUUAUUACGGAGAAACAUAUAAAAGGGGACGGAACAAUGUCACUUUCUUUGGAACAAAAGAAUGCUGUUGAAAAUGCGGUAUCUCAAUGGGAGGUAACAAUCACCCGAAUCGUGAAGAUUGUUGUGGAAGCUAAGUCGACAAGUUCAAGUGGGACUUCAGGUGAAGAGAGCAGCACUACUGAAAAAAACAGUACUUCAGUGAAUAAAUCCAUGUUGGAAUCAAAUAAAAGAAAUUCUGGAUCCAUGCAAGAAAAUUCAAAUGGAGUUAAUGAAAGCAAUGAAGAUUCCAGAAAUGAUGUAGCUAUGGAGGCCAAAGAAGGCAAUAGAGUGGAAGAUGUUAAAGGAGGUAAUGAAGUUUUUUCUAUGAAUGGAGAAACAAUGCAUACUAAAAGUGGAAAUGAUGUUUCUAAUAAGGAGAAGGAAGUAGAGGUUCAAGGAGAAAGUAUUGGAGACUCCACUAAAGAUGUAAAUUUGGAUAAUAAAGAAGAUCUUAAAAGAGAAGUUGGUGCUAAGAAUGAUGGAAGUUCCAUGACUGAAAAGUCAGAAACUCAAAGAAAUGAUAAAGAAUCUACAAAAAAUACUAACUUAGAGAACGAAGGAAAAGGAAGAAAUACUGGAGAUUCACACACUGACAAGAAUUUGGAUACUAAAGAGGAUGUUAAGUCGGAGGUUGAUGCUAGAAAUGAUGGAAGUUCCAUGACUGAAAAUUCGGAAGGCAUUCAAGUAAACAAUGAUGUUUUUACAAAGGAUACUAACUUGAAGAACAAAGAGAGUGGGGCUAGAACAAAUGAUGAAGAUCACACAAAAGAUAAUGGGGAAGAGACUCCAGAAAAUAAUGGAGAAAAUGUUAAAGAUGUAAACUUGGAGAACAACAAAGAUAAUAAAGAAGUGAAGGAUAAUGGAUUGGUAGAGACUAGUACAAAUCAUGAAAAUUCUAGUGAAGAAAAGAGAGAACAUACUCAAGGAGGCACUGACGUCUCUAUGAAUGGAGAAGUAAUGCAUGCCAAAGGUGAAAAUGUAGAUUCUAAUAAGGAGAAUGAAAUAGAGUUUCCAGGAGAAAGUAUUGGGAACUCUACCAAAGAUAUAAAUUUGGAGAACAAAGAAGAUGUUAAGUCGGAGGUAGAGACUAAUAAAAAUGAUGAAAGUUUCAUGAAGGAGAAGCAAAGAAAUUCUCAAGGAAAUGAUCGAAUUUCAACAAAAGAUCAAAACGUGGAGAGCAUAGGAGCACCUGAAGAGAUUACAAAUCACAAAACAGUAGAGACUAUGAAAAAUAAUGGAGAUCACGUGAAGGAAAAUAGGGAAGAAAACAAUGGAGAAUCAAUGAAGGAUGCGGAUUUAGAAAACAAUGAGGAUAAAAAAGAAUUGAAGGACAAUGGAAUAGUAGAGACAAAGACAAGUAAUGAAAGUUCUGUAAAAGAAAAGCAGGAAGAGGCUCAAGGAAGUAAUGAAGUUUCAAUGAAUGGUCAAAUGGAUUAUUUAGGUGAAAAUGUUGAUUCUAAUAAUAAGAAGGUUGUAGAGUUUAGAAAAGGACAUGCUGAAGACUCAAAUAAGGAUUCUAAUUCAAAGGCAGAGGCAAUAAGAAAUGAUGGUAAUUCUACGAAAGGGAAGGGAGAAGAGGCGGAAGGGAAAAAUGGAGUUUCAACAGAAGAUAAGAAAUUAGAGAACAUCAAAGGUGAACAAGAGUUAAAUAACAAUAUACCGGUAGAGACGAAGACCGACAAAGAAACUACUUCGGAAGAAGAGAAAGAGAAGAAUCAUGUAAACAAUGACAAGUCCACAUAUGGUGCAGAUAAUAAAGAGUCUAAAGAUGUUAAGUUGGAAGAGGCUAGAGAAAAUAAGAAAGAGAAUACAGAUAAUAAGUGGGGAGAGGCUAAGGAAAAUGAAGAAAGUUUUAUGGGGGAACACCAAAAAGAGGUUAGCGUUGACAAAAAAGGAGAUAAUAAAGAGAUUAUUGAUGAAAAAUCGUUGGAAUCUAAAGAAAAUAAGAAAAAAUUCAUGCAGGAAAACCAAGAAGAAACUCCAAGAAGUAGUACUGGAGACAUUACUAAGGUAAAUAACAAAGAAGAUAAGAAAAAGUCAAAGGAUAUUGGAUCAACCGAGGCUAAUGAAAAUAAUGAGAGUACUAUGAAAGAAAGUCAUCAAGACUCUCAUGGAAAAGGUGAUGAAUACACAGACCUAGACAGUAAAGAAGGUAAGGAUGAUGGAUCUAUAGAGACUACGGAAAAUAAGGAAAGUUCUACGAAUAAAAUGCAAGAACAAGUGCAAGGAAGCAGUAGAGAUACAAUUAAGGUACACAAAAACGAACCUAUAGAGGCGAGGCCAAUAGAGAGUAUAGAAAAAGAUGUUCAAAAAGGAGGUGGAGACCCAAUGCAAUACAAAAAAGACAAGAACAAAAAUACAAGUGAUGUUAACUCAGAAAAAAUAGAUAAAGAGAAGAAAAGGUAUGGAAACAGUAAACCAAAGAAAAAACAGAAGAAAGAAAAUGAAGACCAUAAAUCCAAGAAAAUUGAAGAAAAUAAGAAGAAAAUAUACAAUAAAAGUAUAUCCAACAACAACAAAGAAGAGAAAAAGAAGCAGAAAGAACACAAAGAACACAAGUCCAAAAAAGAAGAAGAAGAAAAAAGGAAAGAGAACGAAAGAAAC